CAUUCCGCUAUCAUGGCAGAGAAGUCGAACGCCAAUAUGCUCUUCGCUAACUUCAACCAAGAUUUCUCAUGCAUAUCCGUUGGAACUCGAAAGGGUUACAGCAUCACAAAUUGUGAUCCAUUCGGAAGAGUCUACACGAUGAGUGCGUCUUUGACAUGUCUUGUAAGGGUGUCGUGGACACUGAAGUGGCAGGAUCAUCUUAUGCUUAGAUGACGGAGCACGUGGCAUUGUUGAAAUGCUCUUCUGCACUUCACUCAUUGCGCUAGUUGGUGCCGCUGAUCAACCCCAGUCUAGCCCACGGAAACUACAGAUUGUCAACACAAAGGUGCAUAUUCCUUAAACUGUUUACGUAAAGCUGAAUGUCAUCUCUUUACACUGACAGCGACAAUCUAUGAUCUGCGAACUGCUGUUCCCGUCCUCCAUCCUUGCUGUCAAACUGAACAGGAAAACCCUUGUUAUUGUGUUGGAAGUCGAAAUAUACAUUUAUGACAUAUCCAACAUGCGUCUUCUACAUAUCAUAGAGACUACACCCAACCCAGAAGCAACAUGUGCCCUCUCACCAUCCGCUGACAAUUCCUACCUUGCAUAUCCUUCUCCUGUACCUUCCCCUACCACUCAAUCGCCUAGUCAGGCCUCUACGUCACAGGCUCCAUCCUCUAGUCACCAAUCUGGCGACGUUCUCCUGUUCUCCACACGCUCAUUGACAGUCGCUAAUGUAAUCCAGGCGCACAAAUCACCAAUCUCUUUCCUUUCCAUCAAUUCGACAGGUACUAUGCUUGCGACUGCAUCCGACAAGGGCACUGUCAUCCGGGUCUGGAGCAUCCCUGGAGCAGAGAAACUGUACCAAUUUCGCCGGGGGACCCGCGAGGCACGAAUAUAUUCGAUUAACUUCAAUGUGGUGUCAUCCUUGCUUGCUGUCAGCUCGGCACAUGACACAGUGCACAUCUUCAAACUUGGCCCUCAAAAAGCCCCGUCGUCCUCGUCCAGUAAGAAGAAUGAUGGCCUGUCCAGCCCGCCCGAGUCCAUUGACGGCAGGGAGGGGUCUGUAGGGAUGGAUGGAGGGUAUGAAGCAUUCGCUGACGAACGCAAGAAGAGCGGUGUUUCCUUGAGUCUUCGUCGCAAGUCGCUGCAAAUGACCAAGAGUCUGUCGCAUUCAGUUGGAGGCUAUCUCCCUAACACAUUGACCGAGAUGUGGGAGCCAUCUCGUGACUUUGCGUUCUUGCGACUGCCAACAAGUGGAGCAAGAUGCAUUGUUGCGCUCAGCGGAACGCUACCGCAGGUCAUGGUCAUCUCAUCCGAGGGUUACUUCUACUCGUACAACAUCGACCUGGAGAACGGUGGUGAGUGUUCCCUGAUGAAACAGUAUAGCUUACUCGACCCUGAUUCGGCUGGUAUGGAGUGAUGUUUCUCUUUUUGUUCUCUUCUCGUGGAUGGUUUGAAGUUCGCACUCGCCUUGU